GCUGACUUUCUGAACUACUUGUACUUGUUGGUUUAAAACCGUGCUCUACGGCCCCAUCAGCCCAUGAUGGAUCCUCUCCGUGCGGGCGCAAGUGUCGUGGACUUUCUCAAGGUUGCCCUGACAUCCGCCAAGACCAUUCAUGAUGUGCUAUCGGCAAUAAAAGACGGCCCUGAGGGCGUGGAGAGACUCACCAACGAGGUCGCGCAGCUACAGCACAUCCUAGAACGUCUCAGUCAGAUCCCAUUCGGAAAUGCAACCGACGUCGCUGAAAUGGCAGACCUGGCAAGAAAAUGCGCCAACGACGUCGCUGUUUUUGAGUCGAGGCUACAGCGUCUACAGCUCUCUGGUGCCGACUGUCGCAGGGCCCGAUUCCGGAGGAGGAUCCAGAUUACUUUUAGCGACAAGGACUUGGAACAGAUGCGAGAUGUCAUCCGAGCACAUGUGUUGAUGCUCAACUUCCGCCUCAACCUCGUCCAGACCACGCAGCUCUCCCUAUCAACAACACAGUCCUCAGAAAUCCUUGGCCUUUUGCAGCAGCUCAAGGGCGAUGUGGCCGCCUUGCAUCAGUCUAGAGCAUCGGGGAACGACCAACCCGCAGCCCCUGCACACUCGCAUGCGAUGGAGGUUGAUGACGAGGCCUCAGUGCCCCCUUCAACUGACGACACAGCGCUCGACGAAAGCAUCUCCCGAUUGACAAAACUAGUGGCAGAGAAAGAAUGCACCGUUGACUCUGAGGAUGCAGAGCAACUCAUCCAAGACCUUGAAACCCUUCUAGCGUCUGCUCAAAGGAAUGAGAUUGAGUCGAGCCAUGAAGUAACACCAGACCAUCCUACAAGCGAUCACAGUGAGGGAGAAGCCGUCUGGAAAGAGUUGAAGCUCGUCAACAACUUGAUCUCAUCGGCCCCAUCUUUAACCAUCAAUCGGAACGCUCAAUUAGGGGUCAUCUCUAACGUUCCGCAAGGGACCAUAAUUGAGCAAACCCGAAAGCGCAAAGAAAUUGAUCUCAGUAACGGUGUGCUUAGUAUUUCAACUGUAAAGCGACGGCGCAGAUACUUGGGCAAUCGAAAUAACAACGACGACAACAAAGGUAGCAAGGACUUCGUUGCUAAACUCGUCUUCAAGCCGAACAACGCUCAUGCCAUGAUCGCGGUUUCCGUGAAUCAAGGUCAAGUGCUUUUCGAUAGCUUCAUCAGCAUGGCACCACGCGUUUCUGCCAUUAACAUUCUCCCCAAGGAUUCAUUAGUUUUCCAGCUCGCUGCCGGUGGCAAAGUCCAGGAUUUGAUGGCUUUGGUUGCUGAAGGGAAGGCAAGCCUUCGCGACCACGAUACGGAAGGAUGGUCCUUACUUCAUCAUGCGAUUCGGCAUCCCACUAUGUGCAAGUUCUUGAUUCAAAACGGCUUGGACGUAGAUGAGAUCGCAUUCAAAACUUGGAACGGAAGGGCCUUGGAGUUUACACCUCUACAUUUCCUCAACGACAUUCUCCACGAAACAGGUCGAGUACUGUUGGAGGCUGGUGCAGACCCGACCAUAUUAGUUCGAGGUAACCCGAGCGCUGUCAACAAGUUCGCAGAACUUCAGGAUUUUUCACCUGAAUCUAUUCUUCGACAAAUCUUUACUCUGUGCCAUUACUUCGAGAUCACCAGUCCGGUAGAUCAUAUGGAAACAACUCCAUUUUUAAUGGCUUGCUCCCCGCCUUCAAGGAUGUCUGGAUCCUUUGAUCCACAACAACACAUCCAAAAUCUUGCCUUCAUGCUGGAUAGGGGCUGCAGCAUAAACGCUACUGACAAAUACGAGCUCACUUGUUUACACAGCUUCUUUCUCUACCAGGAUGCCUGGGAUCUUGGGCAUGACUGGAAGGAGGUGUUGAUCUACCUGAUACGCCGGGGAGCAGAUGUUCAUGCUGUGAGUGCUGAAGGUUGGUCUGUCUCAGCAAUGGCCUAUGGCGAAGCAUGCAAGAAGAACUGCCCUAUCAGGAAGGAUUUUGGGUCAUACUUUGGUGACCUUUGGGACGUCCUGCUUGAUACUUGUGGCUACGAGAUCAUAGAGUUCAGGAAAAGCUAUCCUCGGAAAGCACAAUAUGUCGAAAUCUAUUCGCGACAAGAUUUCGAGCUCCUCUGGGAGGGUCGUGAACAUCGGUGUCCCUAUUGGGACGAUGAAAUAUGGCCUGACAUUGAGCACGAUGUUGAAAAAGGAAAUCAAAAUAACCCAAAAGCGAAGGAUAUGUGCGCACGAUGGCAUCAUUAUGAAGAACCCAUCGAUGAUGGCUCUACGACUGAUGGCUGCAGUGGCUCCCCUGAUGGCGCCCAAGAAUAUGGUAGCGACGAUGACAUCCAGGCACUCUCUGCUGCUGAAGUCGAUUCCGGUUCAACAUCAUCUAAUGGGGAAAUGUCUUACGCCUUUGGAUAUGCCAACGACCACGACAUCCAGGCACUCCCGGUUUCCGGUUCCGAUUCAACAUCGUCGAAUGGCGAACUUUUUUAUGUGCCGCACCAAGUUAACUCCGCAGAUUCCAACUCAGGCCAUCGUCACGAAAUGGUCUCUGAUCAUCUUCGCCCGGUGAUCUCGCCCAGGAUUGAAAACUAUACACGCGCAAGAGAAUCCUCAGAGCGGGUAGACAAUUACCACCGCGAAGUUUCGGCCUCCCAGAACGACGAGUUGUUUGAUAACCCUUGGAGCGAGUACCGGUCACACGGCUUUGUUUGACACGGAAGGCCAUUAGCCAUAAGUCAUUGUUGUCUGUAUAGAGUCAGUGAGUUGUUAAGUAGAAGUAUCGCGCAGGUAUGUGGCGAGGUGGGGGCCUUGCUUGAAGCCGGCACCCCAACGUCAGUAGUAAAAGAAUAGGGGCUAAAGAAGAAUUCCUGGUUUAAAUAACGAAAAAAAAGAAUGAUCUCUUUCG